GCGCGAGGUUGGCGACGGCGCCGGAGCCCCCCGCGUGUUGGGGGCCGGCGAGCCGCAUGGCGGCGGCGUGGGGGCGGCGCGGCGGCCCCGCGCUCCUGCGGGGGGCGCUGGGGGCAGCCCCGGGCCGCGCCUGCAGCUCCGGGGCGCCCGUGAGGGCUCCCUCCGCCGCGGCUCAGGAAUUGCAGAGCUCAGGAAGAGGACGCUUUCUACUGGAACAUGCUGCUCCCUUCUCUGCUUUUUUGACAGACAGCUUUGGGCGUCAGCACAACUACUUGCGAAUUUCUUUGACCGAGAAAUGCAACCUCAGGUGUCAGUAUUGUAUGCCAGAGGAAGGUGUUCAGCUGACCCCUAAGUCAGAGCUCCUUACUGCUCAGGAGAUAAUCACCCUAGCCAGACUGUUUGUAAAAGAAGGUGUGGAGAAGAUCCGACUGACAGGAGGAGAGCCACUUAUCCGACCCGAUGUAGUUGAUAUUGUGGGUCAACUGUACAAGCUAGAAGGGCUGAAAACCAUUGCUGUCACAACCAACGGGAUCAACUUAGCCAGAUUGCUGCCCCGACUGAAGGAGGCAGGACUGAAUGCCAUUAACAUUAGCCUGGAUACUUUGGUCCCAGCUAAAUUUGAGUUCAUUGUCCGGAGGAAAGGCUUUCACAAGGUAAUGGAAGGAAUCCACAAAGCUACUGAACUUGGCUACCGUCCUGUUAAGGUCAACUGUGUGGUGAUGCGAGGCUUCAAUGAGGAUGAACUGCUGGGCUUUGUGGAUUUCACAAAGGAUCUGCCCCUUGAUGUGCGGUUCAUAGAAUACAUGCCCUUUGAUGGCAACAAAUGGAACUUCAAGAAGAUGGUGAGCUACAAAGAAAUGCUUGAUACAAUUAAACAGCGAUGGCCUGAAUUGGAGAAAUUGCCCUGUGAAACUUCCAGCACAGCCAAGAGUUAUAAGGUGCCACAUUUCCAGGGACAAAUCAGCUUUAUCACCUCCAUGUCAGAGCACUUCUGCGGAUCCUGCAAUCGGCUGAGGAUAACAGCAGAUGGGAACCUAAAGGUGUGCCUUUUUGGGAAUUCAGAAGUGUCCUUGAGAGAUCACCUACGGUCAGGUGCCUCAGAGGAAGAGUUGGUUCAAAUCAUUGGAGCAGCAGUGGGCAGAAAAAAGAAACAGCAUGCUGGCAUGUUUAACAUUUCCCAGAUGAAAAACCGGCCAAUGAUCCUGAUUGAGCCUGCAUUGAUGUCAUUCCCACUAUGCCAAGAUGCCCUACAGAAUCCCCCAAAUUCAAAACAGUGGGGCCACACAUUUAGCCAUUGGCUGACUUUGAGAGCAAGUUUACCCAAACAAAUGGGAAAAGCACUAAUGAACAAUAAGCUUACAGGACAACUUUUCCUGCCAGGAUCUCAUCCAGAGCAACAGUGGCACAUAACAACAGGAAUUUUACAAACCCAGCUCAGAGGCUGCUGUGUCUUCCAGAAGCACCCAAGCUCCACAUCUGACACAAAGUGCCUUGAGGCUUCUCCAGUUGGCCAAGUUUCUGUGGCCUGUCAGUCCAAAGAGGCAAGUCCAGGAUCUGAAUUCUGUACCAGGGAUUCAGGAUCUCACACCAAGGUACCUUGUGCCUCUGACAACUUGACUCACACUGAUGAGGAAGGACGGGCCACAAUGGUUAAUGUUGGAGGGAAGCCAGAUUCAAGAAGAAGUGCUGUUGCUGCUGCUGUGGUCCGCCUGGGUGAGAAGGCAUUUCGGAUGGUGAGGCAGAACCAGGUGAAGAAAGGGGAUGUGCUGGCAGUAGCCCAGAUUGCAGGAAUUCAGGGAGCCAAGCUAACUAGCCAGUUGAUCCCAUUGUGUCACAACAUCCCCCUCAACCACGUUGAGGUGUCUCUGAGCCUGGAUGAGACCAGAUAUGCAGUGGUGAUUCGCAGUUCCUGUCAGACCUGGGGGAGGACAGGCGUGGAGAUGGAAGCUCUAACAGCUGCCAGCCUGGCUGCCCUGACUGUGUAUGACAUGUGCAAAGCAGUUACUCAUGACAUUGUGAUCGAAGAGGUGAAGUUGCUUAGUAAGACAGGCGGGCAGAGGGGAGACUUCUCAAGGGUCUAGAUCAUAUCCAGACACCUCCAGCCCUUCAAGGUGACCACUGCUUAUGUUCAACCUCUUCUAGAAUGACUUCUGCUCAGCUGGUAGGCUUGGAGAUCUCAGCAGGUGUACCAUACAACAACUCUACACCUCCAGCUUUGCCUUACCCCAUCAGCUUACUGCUGGGUGAACAGUGAAGCCACUUAUCCUUGUUGAUAACCAUGUGUGUUUUUUAGAGACCAGCCUUCUCCACUCUGCCAAUACCUUUAUUUCAGUGUCCUCACCUUAAGAGAUGAUUUUUUUUUUUUUUCCCUUCUUGCUGUGAAAUAGUUAUAGCUGCUGUCAUCACACCAUGCAACUGUGAGCUCUGGAAAUGAAGCAAGUGCUGAAAGUGCUGUUAUUUGGCAACUAUUUUUAAGUCAAGGAUUAAGAUUUCAGAAUUGUGUCUGUCCAUCUGUCCCCCUGACCUCCGUAGUUGGAUUUAGAAGGUGACAGUGAGAUCACCACAGUUCAGGAACCUUACCAUACAGCAGAGAUUAUAACUGGAACAGCCAGGUUAGAGGGGCAGCUCCCACCCCUUUGCAUUGCCACUGCUUCCCUUGCCUGCAAGUGGGAAAUAUUCACGUAUCAGUUUCAAAAGAAAAAAAAAUAGCAACUGCCCCAUUCUCUGCCUUGAGGGCUCUGUAAAACAUGAUGUAGCAACAGAGGAAUUCUGGGUUUGGAAGAAUUAUUUUGCUGAUCUGAAAGAUACCUUUUACAGCAUUAGAAGCAUGUUCCAGCAUUUUGACCUUAGCACUCAAAUAGGUUGAGGCCUUGUGUCUGCAUGCUUAAGGGCUCAAUUAUGGCAUGCACAGAGGUAGGUGUCAGCUCUCCCUGUCCAUAGAAAUAGCUGUCACACCAAGCCCCAGAAGACUCAGGUUUUUAAUCCUACAGUGCAGCUCCCCGUAACCAGCAACCUGCAUAGUCCUGAUACAUAAAACAAACUUUAAGACUAGUAGUCAUUUGGAAGAGUAAGGUAGUUGCUGUUGCCUCAGCCAUAGGGUUUUCCUGCAUGUUUCUCUAAUUGGCUUUCAUGAAGUCUUCUGGUCUCACAGCACUUAAGUGUCUCCAUAAACUUACCAGUGGCCACUGUCAUGUAGCAUUAAAUAGCUCUGAUAAUUGACUAUUCUAGAUAAGAAAUUACUCAACAUUGUUGCUAAUACUGAUGGAUACUUUUCUAAUAUUAAUUUAAAUGCUGCAAACAGGGUGUUUUCAACUUUGGUUUACUUGUUUUCUAGUGCUUAUGCCUAAUGUGAAGUUGCAUAUGAUUCAGGGUGCUCCCUUUCCAUACGCACAGAGAGCCGAAGACAGCUCUAGUAACAUCAAAGAGGCUACUGAAAAAGCAUUUUAAACUUCUCAAGUAGCUGCAUCUCAUGAAAUAAGGUUAAAUUGCUGUAAGCAUCAGUAAAGCACACACCACACUGUCACGCACAUCCUGCUUAUUUAAAGUAAGCAUAGGUCUGAGAUGAGGAGGCAAUAGGUUUUACUACACAUCCUUUACAAGUCUUAUACACUAGCUACCACAGCAGGCACUUUUUCCAUUGCAGGUGAAUUAAUUUGAUUCUUUAGUCAUUGUCACUGAGAGAAAGGCACAUCCAGUGACACACAUAGCAGCUACAGCUGAAAGUGGAAGGAGUCUGGAAAGCUUGGUGCCCAAACUCCAUAAACAUCUGUACGCCUACAUUGAGUGUUAAUAGUCCCCAUUCCCUUGAUAUCACUGAUCUAACUUAAUAGCAGGGGCACUCCCGCUCCUUCCUAGGAGCGUACCCAGCACUGCCCUACUGAGCACCAACAAUCCCCUGACCCUGCAAAGAGACCGUGUUCAUCUGUGGAGCUGCUGUGCCCAUAGCGCAAACAUUUCCCUAGCUCUGUGUGGAAACAGGUUGACAGGAAAAGGAAGCACGUGUGUAACCCCUGCUAAAUUAACUGAUUUACACAAGCACUUAACUGCCCCCACCAUGCACAACAUACCCUGCCCUCCUGGCCUUCACCCAAGGCUUUAGCUAGUUUUUAAAACUAAAAGGAAACUAGAUCUACUCAGUAGUAAUAAAAUGAUGCUUUGGGGCAUAUGAUUCUUUGGCUUCUGAGAAGUUUGCAUCAUGCUGUAAAGCUCACACAAAGGAUUCAAGACCAUACAAGGGACUAUAAGAGCACGUGCACGACUGCCACGCACAUUUUACUACUUACGCACAUUUCACUACUUCCUUGGGUUGAGAGUGGCUGGAAGCUUUGGGCAAGCAGACUUUGGUGCCAUUUUAUGCUUAUGUUACAUUAUCAAGUCUUGAAACUAUGCACAUUUAUAAUAAUGAACCAAGCACGAGUCAACAUUUUGCAAGAGAAAUGAGCUGAUAGCACUGUAUGUUUCAGUGGUGCUGGGUGGGCAAUGAUGUAAUACAUGCUGAUGAAGUGACUACUUUUUGGAGGCUUGCUUUUUUUUUGUCCACUGCAUUUUUAAUAAAUACUAGUUGUAACGCA